GGUGAAGGGUGAGAGAGACUACUUGGCCUGUGCUAAUAUAGGUCUUCUCGGCGGUACCAUCCCUUACUGCGACUACCCCACCCCUAAUUUAAAUACUAAUAGAAAGUAAUUAGUGGGAGAAAGAUAUGUAUAGCAAAAGAGGAGUUGGGGUGGGAUCUAAGACGGAGAUGAAUCGGGUUUCGCAUAACGAAGAUUUGAAGCGAAUUAAGCAAGCCCUUGACAAGCGUGACAGAUCCAGAUCCUCUCCCAAAGAUAAUAUUACGAUCAAUUCUGCUACUACCAAAGAUCAGCAGCAACGCCUUUCAAUCUUGUCUGCUCCCAGUAACACCCACCCCCCAGCUGUGGAAGAAUCAGAAACAGACAGUGAGGACUCAGAUGUCAGCGGAUCUGAUGGGGAGGACACAUCUUGGAUAUCCUGGUUUUGCAAUUUAAGAGGGAAUGAGUUCUUCUGUGAAGUUGAUGAUGAUUACAUCCAAGAUGAUUUUAACCUCUGUGGAUUGAGUAGCCAAGUUCCAUACUAUGAUUAUGCUCUUGAUUUGAUUCUGGAUGUUGAGUCCUCCCAUGGCGAUAUGUUUACAGAGGAACAGAAUGAGUUGAUCGAGUCAGCGGCAGAGAUGUUGUAUGGUCUGAUCCAUGUGCGUUAUAUAUUGACAACUAAAGGACAGGCUGCCAUGUUGGAGAAAUACAAGAAUGCGGAGUUUGGUAGAUGCCCCAGAGUUUACUGCUGUGGGCAACCCUGUUUACCUGUUGGCCAGUCAGAUAUUCCUCGGCAUUGCACUGUAAAAAUAUACUGUCCAAAAUGUGAAGAUAUAUAUACCCCUCGGUCCAGGUUUCAAGACAAUCUUGAUGGAGCAUAUUUUGGGACAACAUUUCCGCAUCUUUUUCUUAUGACGUAUGGACACCUCAAACCGCAAAAAACGUUGCAGACCUAUGUUCCUAAAGUAUUUGGUUUCAAGGUUCACAAACCAUGAUGAGUAACCUCACAAGCUCCUUUCGGACGUGCUUUUCAGCUUCUGUUUAAAGAGCCUACCAGAAAACAAGGCCGUAUUACUGAUAUUGUGUUGCUUCUUUUAUGAGGUAAAGCAUUUCAUUAUGCAGCUGGAGUUUGGUCCCGAGAAUAGAUCAAUAGAAGAUUGAAUAGGUUAACAGUACAACAGUGAUUUAGAAAUGUUUAAGGAAAGCAAAUUGAUAUGAAUGUGAAGCUAUUUUUUGGCUUCUUUUACAGCCUUUUCUUUCAUAUAUUGCAGCUUUGAGUUGGUUAUAUUGGAUUAAGCUUUAGUA